ACUCGCCCCCUCCUCUGCCCUUUGGACGCGCGCCUCGCGGACGGCGCCUCAGGCAGCGCGGCGGACAGCCCGUCCUCCAGCGCGCCGCGGGCCUCGGAGGACCCCAGCGACGGUCGUGGCGUAAGACCGGGGGGACGCGGCGAUAGCGGCGGCCGUUGCGAUUGAUUGCGCUGGUUGCCUCCGGCGUCCACUUCCCUGGCCGCCCUUGCUACACUGGCUGAUUGUUGUGCAGCCGGCGCCAUGUCUGUGAGCGAGAUCUUCGUGGAGCUGCAGGGCUUUUUGGCUGCCGAGCAGGACAUCCGAGAGGAAAUCCGAAAAGUUGUACAGAGUUUAGAACAAACAGCUCGAGAGAUUUUAACUCUACUGCAAGGGGUCCAUCAGGGUGCUGGGUUUCAGGACAUUCCAAAGAGGUGUUUGAAAGCUCGAGAACAUUUUGGUACAGUAAAAACACAUCUAACAUCUUUGAAGACCAAAUUUCCUGCUGAACAGUAUUACAGGUUUGCUUCUAGCUCAGUACUCUGUUUUAAGUCCAUUUGUUUAGUGAUUGCAAAUGCCCCUGAUUUCUCUUUCCUGGUACAGUCAAGGCUGUCUGUCAACAGCGUGACUGCUGGAGACUACUCCCGACCCCUCCACAUCUCCACCUUCAUCAAUGAGCUGGAUUCCGGCUUCCGCCUUCUCAACCUGAAAAAUGACUCCCUGAGGAAGCGCUACGACGGAUUGAAAUAUGACGUGAAGAAAGUAGAGGAGGUGGUCUAUGAUCUCUCCAUCCGGGGCUUCAACAAGGAGACGGCAGCAGCUUGUGUUGAAAAAUAGGAGGCUCUCCUUGCUCCUGGCCUUGCUGACCUCAGCGGUUGCCAGGAAGGGGUGAGCACAGAGUGCCUCUUACGGUAGUUAGGAUGCCCAGUUGCUAAACACUGCGCUUUAUUUUCUUAACCAGUUGUGGUGUGAGUAUCAGAAUUGAAACACUUUUUUGGGGGUAAAAAAUAAUAGCCUUUACAUGGACAGAAUUUUCUUUGUUGUUUCAGUGAAUUUGCUCUGUAAUUCAGUGUAUUUCAGUUCCGUCAAAAAGUGUAAAUGUUAGUUUCUUGGUAAAGUCCUUUUCUUGCUUACCUUGACUGUUGAUGUACUGAUUGAGAAGUUCAUUGUCUCGUUUGUGAUUCUUCCAGAUGUGAUGCUUGAUAUUUUCUAUAUGCGAGUUAGCCAUCCACACCCAGGCAUAGCCUGGAUACAGUAUUAAAAUAGAUAAUUAAAAAGAUGGUUGCCAAGCAA